AUGACUUCAGAAGUUAUAAAAUUUCCUCAAUUCGCAGAAUUUACAAUCCAUAUUUCAUUAUUUAUCAAUAUUUCCCUGGAAAAUAUAACCACCAUCAAAUCAAAUUUAAUAUCAUCCACUGAUAAUCACAACAAAUAUGAUUAUUGCUUUCUUAAUACUAAAUAUAUCAUAUCUAAAGAACAUUUAUUUCAAAGCAUAUAUAAAUCAUUAUUAAAUUAUACUAGUAAAUCAGGAUUAUCUACUCGGAAUUUAAAUUCAGAAAUAAUUUAUAAUUUAUCACCAAUUAAUAAUAUUGGUGAUGCAUUAAAACGAUUUGGUAUUUCUGAAGAUUGCCCCAAUUGUAUAGUCAUUAAAAUUAUCAACAAUAAAGAAGAAGAAAUAACAAAAGCUUUGGACAGAGCUAAUACUGAUUUAAAGGAAAUCAUUGAUGGAGAAUUGAUUGAAUUAAAUGAUCAAUAUAUUUUUGAAAAUUUUAUUGAUUUAGCAAAAUUUAGAAAAUUGUACAAAUUAAAUGAUGUUGCUGAUUUGAAUAAAGAAGAUAAUUUACAAGGAAGAUUAACUAGAUUAGCUAUAGGUGCAUGUAUACUAAGAGGAUAUUAA